AGUUUUUGCAGUGUAAAUCUCUGUCAGACUGCACGUUGCUGUCAAAUCCAGUGGGUGUCAGCAUUACAGUGUGAAUGCAGGAACCUCAGUCUGCACCAGACCAGAGAGUACUGAUGUGAUUUUUAAAAGCAGUGAUGCAAAAUAAUAAAGUCAUUUCAAUAUGCUUCAAUUUCAAACAUACAUGCUAUAAUUUAUUAAUAAAACAUAACAAAACCUUGAUGGGUGAGGGAUAUUUCUGUUGAGGUCCAUCAGCUGUGAAAAACCUGUAAAUUGGUGCAGCCCAUAAUAAUUCAGGAUGAUUGGCGUGCAGCUGCUAAUUACUGCUUGUUAUAAAGUGUGCAGGAAUGAAAGCUCACAGGAGCAUGAAGGAUGACCACAGGCUGGGGCUCACCCAGCUCUCAGCAGCUGGCUGACUCCCACACAGCAUCUCUCUCUUCAUUGGAGUAUUUCUCUGUCUGCUGCUCCCUCUUCUUCUCCUUUUUCUCUCCUCCUCACUCCUGUGCCACUGACGAUCUCCAGCUUCCACUGGUUUUUUUCCCCUCGUUCGGAGGGCUCUUCUCAACAAAUCCCCCAUUUUUUUACCUUUCUCCCCUCAUCUUAUCCGCGCUCUGUGUUUUCCUGUCUGCCACUCUUUCUGUCCUGAUAUAGAGGAAUGCAGCAUGAAGCGGGCUGUUUGCUUCUACAUGCUGGUGACUCUGCUGCGAGAGUCGGUGCAGGGUCCACACCAGCGCUUCCUCCUCAAAGAGCUGCUGAGGGACUACAACCCCAUGGAAAGACCCGUGGCCAACGACUCGCACACCCUGACCGUCCAGUUCUCCUUCACCUUGAUUCAAGUCAUGGAUGUGGAUGAAAAGAACCAGAUCCUGACGACGAACGCCUGGCUGCAGAUGCAGUGGUAUGACCACUAUCUGCAGUGGAACCAGUCAGAGUAUCCUGGAGUCAAGAACCUGCGUUUCACCCCUGACCAGGUGUGGACCCCUGACAUUUUGCUGUACAACAGCGCUCACGAUAAGUUCGAUGCCACCUUUAAGACCAACGUGUUGGUGAACUCCAGCGGCUUCUGUGAGUUCCUGCCUCCAGGUGCGUCUGUUUGUUUCAUCACCUGGAGUCUGAACAAAACUUAUUAUUAUUAAAGGGCCAAUAUUCUGUGUUUCUCAGGCAUAUAUUUAAAUACUAUACCAUA